AGAUUCGUAGGGUUAGGGGCAGCUACGCGUCAAAUCUUUCCACUGACUGUUCCGCGGUGCUCAAUCCCACUCCGACCAGAUUGCAGCUUCCCCACUUGUGCCAGCUCCUUACCGGUAUCAUUGGCGAUGCGACGGGCUGUUGUUGGUGUUGUAAAAGAGAGCAGAGCGAUUGACCGAGGUAUUAUCCUCGAACGGUGAAGUUUCUACCCGGUUAGAAGCGAACCUCAUAUUACGCCGUUGUGGCCGUUUGCGAGAGAUCUAGGCUAGUCAUUGACCAUUCACAAGUUAGAUUGGAUCUUUUCCCCAUUCGAUUCAAGAAAGGGACAACCAACACAUUUAAAAUUGGUUUAAGAAGAAGAAACAACCCACAACUCAUUAAAAAUGGCAUCACAUGAUCUUUCCUUUGAUGUUUCCCACAAUGGCGUGUCUCAGCCUCCUUCCCAUGAUCAUCAAAUGGCCAUGAGUGGACAAAUGGACGCGGGCAAUGGCAAUGGCAUGGGCGGCAAUGGAUCUGGCAUGUUGGAUCGACUCAAGACAGAAUCAGCCCAUCCCACUGUCUGCAUCUUUCACUGCGUGUUCAAAGCAGUCGCCGUGUUUCUGUACAUUUUUGGAGGCUGGUUCACAGGCAAUGGUCAAGGUGGGACCAGUGGAUCCAAAUUUAUCAUGCUGGCCGUGCUGUGCAUCCUCUUGUUGGCGGCUGAUUUUUGGGUGGUCAAGAACAUUACAGGACGAUUACUGGUGGGUCUCCGAUGGUGGAACAAGGUGGAAGGUGAUACCACACGAUGGAUUUUCGAAUGCGCCGAUACUCUGCCCAAUGGAUCUACCAUUCAGCGCAACAAGUUUGAUUCCAACGUCUUUUGGAUGAUCCUCUACACUACUCCCGUCAUCUGGAGUGGUUUGUUCCUUAUUGGACUCCUCAAAUUCGAGUUGGGAUGGUUGAUUCUUGUCGUCAUGGCUCUGGGCUUAAAUUGUGCCAAUGUCUAUGGAUACUACAAAUGCAGCAAUGACCAAAAGGCAAAAUUCCAACAAAUGAUGCAGCAGGGAGCUCAACAAGGUGCUCUGGCUGUUGUUCGAUCAAGUUUUCUUGGGGCUUUGACAGGGUCGCCCACAAAUGGUGCUGGGAAUCCAAGCAAUACAUAUGUGUAGGAAAACCAAUUCGGUCAACCACAAUUUAUUUUAGAGGGAGAAGAACCAGAAGAAGAAUUCAAUAAUUGUCCUUCUUCUCAGGUUGACUUCUUUAUUAUUGGUCCCUGCCAGUGCAUGCAUGCAUUAUACUUGUAGUAGUACAGUGCCAAAAACAAAGCUCGUGGUGCUGGAAGGACCCAACCGUACACCUCCAGUGGUCUGGACAACUCUCCAAAGCUCCUUACUAUGCGAAUAAAACUGAAACUACCCUGGACUGGUUCUUCCGUUGCUCUGUUUACUAUGAUGCAGAGUCCCACAUGUACCAUGUGGGGGUCAUCUACAAAGAAUCAGCUGAAACUUUUGUCUUGGAGGAGUUUGAUUCCUUGACUGAUGAUAAAAAGAGGACUCAGGCAAAGGAAGAACUGAGGUCAAGGUGUGAAGUGUGCCGUUAGUGACAAAUACUCAAGUUGAAAUAGACUUUGUAAUUCAUUGGUUGUC